CUCUUUAUUCUCUUUAAUUUUCAGUUUUUAAAUCCAAAUGAUCAAAUGUGAUCAUUGGAAGUUUUGGCGGGAAAGUUAGUUAAAGUUGUUAGCUAGCUUGAAGAAUAAGUUGCUUAAAAUUAGGGGGUUUGUUAGAGAGUUAGUUAGCUGUUUUUGGCAGCUUAUAAACUAAUUCGGGUACAUUGUAUUAGCAUCAUAAUACAAUACAAAUCUUCCCAAACUCUCUCUCUCUCUCUCUCUCUCUAGAUCCAACUCAUCACUAUCACUGAGUUCUUCAAUAAUAUCACCUGGAAUCUCUACAGUAAAUAACUGUGGUUCCCUAAAUUGACACUUGUGAUUCCUGUCAUAUGGAGCAUCACAGUAGUAACACAAUCCCUUGGCAAUCUUUUCUUGCCUGACAUCAGCUGGUAUGUAUUUGAAGUUUUUUGUUCUUUGUUGUGGGUAUUUGGUCAAGGAUAAGGUGGUAUUUGGUUUAAUUUGUGGUGUAGGUAAGAGUGGUGGUUUGCUGUUGGUUAGGAGUGGUACAGACUGCAAUGGCUUUGGGCUAUAAAAUGGUUGUUUGUAGGUUGUUUUUGUAGCUACCAGAUUCUCCUCCUGUAACCUAGCCAAAUCAAUGGCUUCAGAAAUGGAAUCAGGUUUAAAGGCUUUAACAAAAGGUUUAACAGCUGCUUUAAGUCCACCAACAAAUCUUUCCAACAAGUAAGUUUCAGGCAAGAUAUGGUUAUUCAUCAUCAUGAUUGACCUCAAAUUCUCAAAUUCAUCCACAUAAUCCUCUAAUAAACCAGUUUGCUGCAAUUUAUUAAAAUUUUCAACCACAUUUUGUGCUGAACUAUCCCUGAAUCUAGCAUACAAAUCGGCCACAAAAUCAUUCCAAUCAACUAUUAUACUUUUUCUAACUGACAAAUAAUUCAUCACCCAACUCUCAGCCUUAUCUGUCAUGUUGAGAGAGGCAAGAUCCACCUUCUGUUCCUCAGGGACUUUACAUAAUGAGAAGUACUUGCAGCAUUUUUUUACCCAAAUUCUAGGGUUGGUGCCAUCAAAUUUAGGAAAAGUAAGCUUGGGAUUCAUACCUAGUGUUCUGUGAGGUUGAGAUUUUGGAGUCGAGAAUGAAGUAUCUUCAUUGCUAGUUGCUGAAUCCUUAAGAGUCUGCAUAAACUUCAUCAUCUCUUCGAAUUUUUGCUCCAUUUUUUUGUUCUGAUCUUCGAGUUUGGAGUUCUGCUCCUCCAACCUCUUUUCUAAAUUUUUGAAUUGAUCCUCCAUAGCUGCCUUUCUUCUGGUAGCAGCAGCCAGUUCUAGCUUCAAUCAACUGCAGGGAGAGAGUUUUUUUUUUAGCAGCGAUUGGCUCUGAUACCAAUGAUAAGGGAGCUCGGAUAGCUCUCCUUUAAUGGAAGCCAACAACAGAUUCUAAAAGAAGAAUGUGACUCAGAGAUAAGAAGAAGAAGAGAAUUCAGAAUUCAGAUGAAAGGAGAGAGAGAGAGAGAGUUUGGGAAGAUUUGUAUUGUAUUAUGAUGCUAAUACAAUGUACCCGAAUUAGUUUAUAAGCUGCCAAAAACAGCUAACUAACUCUCUAACAAACCCCCUAAUUUUAAGCAACUUAUUCUUCAAGCUAGCUAACAACUUUAACUAACUUUCCCGCCAAAACUUCCAAUGAUCACAUUUGAUCAUUUGGAUUUAAAAACUGAAAAUUAAAGAGAAUAAAGAGUUCUCCUAUAACAGUUCGUCAACGGAUUCAAGGCAAACGGUACUUUCUAGUUCUUGAUGAUGUCUGGAAGGAGGAUCGCAACGAAUGGGCUAAGUUAAGAGAUUUCUUGCUUUUGGGUGUAGAGGGAAGUAGAAUUAUCGUAACUACCCGCUCACAAAGGGUGGCAAGAGCUAUAGGAGAUUAUCCUAUGCACGAGCUGAAAGGUUUGUCAGAUGAAGAUUCUUGGUGCUUGUUUGAGAGAAUAGCAUUUAACCAAGGGAGUAAACAGGUAGACGAUGCACUUGUUGUCGUUGGAAAAAAUAUUGUGAAAAAAUGUGCAAAUGUUCCUCUCUCAAUAAGGGUAAUAGGCAGCAUGCUGUAUGAUCAAGAUAAAAGCAAGUGGCUGUCAUUUCAAGAAAUAGAUUUGGCUAAGAUAAGGCAAGGUGAAGAUGGUAUAAUGCAAAUAUUGAAGUUUAGUUACUAUCAUCUUACUCGUGAAUUAAAGACCUGUUUCAGCUAUUGUGCACUCUUCCCCAAGGAUUAUGAAAUCAGGAAAGAGUUUCUGAUCAAUCUUUGGUUAGCAGAGGGUUGUCUUGAAUGUCCGAAGAAAAUUCGAAAUGAAGAAGAUGUUGGUGAGGAAUAUUUUUCAAUUUUGUUGCAGAGAUGCUUUUUUCAAGAUAUGGUAAUGGAUGAGCAUGGUGAAAUUUAUUCAGUCAAAAUGCACGAUUUGAUCCAUGAUCUCACACAAGUAGUAGCUGGAAAAGAGUCGUGCUUAGUGAUGGAUACUAGCACAAGCCAUCUGAACAAGAAAAUUCAUCAUGUCUCAGUUGCUGUUAGGCAUUCCCUGUUGCCUUGUGCGGGUGAUACUUUGGGCAAGAUGAGGAUAAUGCGUACUCUCCUUCAACUUCAACGACCUGGUUUUGAUGAUGAAGUAUUUUGUGAAUCUGACGUGGCCAUAAUACUUGCAAAUUGCAGGCAUUUACGGGUGUUGGACUUGAGUAGGCUUCAUAUAAGAUCUUUAGGUAAUUCAUUAAACAACCUAUUACAUUUAAGAUAUCUUGAUCUCUCUUUCAAUCGUGAUCUGGAGAGGCUUCCUAAAUCGAUUUCAAAGCUGUAUAAUUUGCAAGUAUUAAAGCUAAAAUAUUGUGUACAACUAAAAGAGUUGCCGGAGGACUUGAGAGAAUUAGUUAAUCUUAGGCACCUUGAUAUAUCUGGGUGUGAUGCAUUGACUCAUAUGCCUGCAGGUAUGGGUAGUUUGAUUAAUCUUAACACGCUGUCAACGUUUGUUUUGGGUGGAGGAAGUUCUAACCAAGUGCACAUCGGUCAGCUUAGAGAACUGAUGCCUCUAAAUAACCUUAGAGGUGAACUUAAAAUUCAAUUUAGAGAGAGUUAUUCAUAUGAUGCAACAAAUGCCGAGGAGGGAUCAUAUUUGUUAAGCAAAAAACACAUCAAGGCUUUAGUAAUAAAGGGGGCUAAGUACGAAACACCAAUUGUUCUUGAUGAAAGAUUACUGGAAGUCCUCCAACCCCACCAUGAUCUUAUACUGAUUAAGAUUUAUGGAUAUAAAAGCAUCCGAUUGCCAGGUUGGGUUGCAGCAAUUGCGGCCAAUUUACCACGACUUGUUAGAAUCUGUCUGGAGCGUUUUGAAAGGUUGCAACAUUUGCCACAGCUGAGUCAACUCCAGCAUCUCAAAAUCCUUCAACUCGAUAACAUGCCCGGUGUAGAGUACAUGGAGGAUGAUAAGGGUAAUAUUCCUUGUUUUCCUUUACUUGAGGAGCUUAUUCUGUGGAAUUUUCCAAAGUUAAAGGGAUGGUGGAGACCAGAAGUAGGGGUGGAAACGGAUGGUGUCAUCCCUGGUCUUCAUAAAUUGACGAUCUUUGGUUGCCCAAAUUUGACAUCUUUUCCUGGAAUUCCACAUGUGAAAGAGAAGAGAGCAAACAAGUUCAACCCCUACUGGUGAUGACAUUAUUAAUUUGAAUACUUUAGAAAUAGACAAUAUGGGGUUAGUGAAUUCUCUUUUUGGGGAGUCUUUACAAAGUAUUAGAUCUCUCAAAUUAAUCUUUUCUGAGGUGGAGAUUCUGUCUAGUUAUGCAGAGAGUUGGGUAAGACACGUAUUGUCAAUUGAAAACCUGCAAUGAACCUAAAGAGUCUGUUAGGAGGAGGAAUAGAGCAUAUGAUCAACUUGCACAGUCUCCGACUUUCGGACUGCCAUAAACUGGAAUUGGAAGAAAAGGAAGAUGGGAUGCCAUGGAAAGCCUUUCAUAAACUCACAAUCUUCCAAAGGUUGUAAAACUGCCCAAGGGGAUUCAAUACUUGUUUUCCCUUGAAACCCACGUUAUUGAACGUCUCGAAAACUUAGAAGACCUUCCAGAAUGGCUCCAUCACCUCACGUCUUUAAGAACACUGACUAUUAUGGUUUGCCACAAAGUGAGGUCGUUGCCAGAAUCAAUAAGCCGCAUCCCCUCCCUCACAUCUCUUUCCAUAUCAAGUUGUGAUGGGUUGAGGGAAAGAUGUCGAGAACCAGAACCAGAACCAGAACCAGAACCAGAACCAGAUGGAGAAGACUGCUCCAAAAUACGCCACAUCCCCGAUUUAGAUCUUAAAUAUAUCUGACUCAAUGGCCUCCAGGAACACCAUUGAGAGACUGCUCUCAUGUGAAUGCUGCAAUGCUGUAUGUGUGUCACUCAGAGUGACUCAGUCCUCACUCCUCUGUGGUCUGAAUCUGGAAAAACAGGAUGCUGUUGGUGUCGCAAAACCUAAAGACUGUCUUUCAAUAAUUCGUAUAGGCCCUGCUUGGUCUGAAGAGCACGCGCUGUUGUUUGACUUGUUUCUCCUGCAGUAUUCAGUUAAUCAGUUGUGCAUAUCAUCAUUUUAGAUUCGCAAAGUGGACAAUUGAAAGAUGAAUUUCAGUAGGUGGAUCAGUGGAUUGCUUGCAAGUUAUAAGUGUUCGGUUUUUGGACUCGAAUCACUCCGUAAGAGACGAGUACAUGUCAAUGUACUGUAAUUUACAUUUCAACUAGAUUGUGUUUUGUUACUGGCUUUGUGUGGUCUGGAAAAAUCUUCUACAACCACUUUUACUAUGUAAGAGAUAGUAAGGAUUCAUAUUUUGCUUCCAUUUAAGCACUAGUAUUUAUUUCUCUAGUUCAAGAGUUUGUUAUCAUGCAUCCUUUUGGGUAUAUUAUAUGCAGGUGUUCUCUUGCUACUUCUUGUAUAUCUACUCUUUUUUUUUGGC